CUGAGCCCAGCCUUAACAUGGUCCAAGCGCCCUGUCAAAUCGCAAAGCAACCUUCAUUUGGAUCAAGAGCUACCCCCCCGGGCAUGACAGGGGAGGUCCCAGCACCUGUCACGACUCCUGGGGGAACGAAUCGCAUUUCCUUCGCAAGCUCAGACUAAAGGUCGCGAGCUCCGACGACAGCGGAACAUGACGCCGUCAUAACCUUCGACGACAGCUUGUGGAAGGAUGCCAGAAGACAAACUCUAGAGAGAUUGGAUCAGUCGAAGCGCAUGUCGCGCACAGCAGAGUUCUACCGCAGAAGCCUCAAGCCGGACCGGCCAUGUUUCUCAACCCUAGGUCGGGUCACUGGUCUUCUGAUUCGUCGCCUCCUUCCUUCGAGUUCUCGUCGUAAUGGUUGUGUCGUGCAUAUCCACAACCCGCUGUCAAGCCACUCCUCUCUGCCCAUAAUCGAGUUACCGUCCACCGCUGAAUCAAACCCCCCUGGCCCCCUCCCCCUUUCUUCCUCGUCGUCAGCAGAUAUCAACAGAGAUAAGCCCUUUUUGCUUUUCUUUUUCUUUCUUUUUUUUUCUUUUUUCUUUUCCCACUCUCUUUUGCCUCCUUUUAGCCGGGAUUGUCCGGCAAUGCACAUACAUAUACCUAGUACACGAUCUCGCCUGGGGUCGGGUCGAGGGCCCCGACAUGUCACAUCUGCCAGCCAGUCGCAUCUUGUCGAUUCGACUUUGACAGCAGCCGUUGGACGACACAGACUCCGCCACCCUGCGCACCUGCCGCCAAAGAAGAAACAUCAGCCCGCGCCCGCAAAGAAACGGCACGGGUCUGUUUGCUGUUCUGGACGACACUUGCGAGUCUUGAAGUGAAGCUUGUUACAGGACAAGCCAAUCUUACUUGGCCUUCCCGUUUCGUCGGCUCUCAAUUGCCUCACUCUGUACAGCCUACCUGUCAGUUCUAGACGUUUCUUGACAUCGAACCGGGGAUUC